UCGAGUCCGCUGCUGUUCCAAUAGGCCUAUCUCACAACUUCCUGGUUCGGCGUUCGAUUUUGCCUUCACCGGGUAAAGUGACUUCCGGUCGCGUAGUCCAUGAUAUUUGACGAUGGCGCAGUCAAAAAACAAGAGCUUCUGUUGUGUACCUCUAUGCGCCAAUUCCAAACAAAAACAACCGUAUUUGCAUUUCCACGACUUCCCAACUAAUACAGACCAAAGACAGCAGUGGGUCAGGGCGAUCAGACGGGAUGAAGGACUUAAUUUCGUGAUUCAGAAGGGGAGUACACUGGUCUGUAGUCGGCAUUUCUCAGCGGCUGAUUAUACCGACGGGAGUGCUAGGCUGAAUACUGGAGCUGUUCCCAGUCGUUUUGACUGGAACAGCUACACCACAGCCCUGAAGAAAACAGAUGUGUAUAAACGGGUGUCAGCUCGAAAAGCUGAAGGAGAGGACAAAGCCCAAACGGAACGGAGAGGUACCGGAGAACAUGACUACGCGACACGACCACCUGCCGAAGACUGCAAUGCCUUUGUAGACCGCAGCACACAGCGCGGCGCCACCUCGGAGAGUCUGGGUGUGGACGCCCCUGGCUCCUCCCACAUUUCAAGUCACACUGAGGAAAUGAAGAUCCUGUGCGUCCACGGAAAAGGGGAGGGCCCUCUGGCGACGGACGGCCAUGACACCCUCUUCACCGCGUCAGAAGUGGAGGCCCUGAACUCGCUGUCUGCGGACCACAGCGCGGCCAAGAGCCUGGAGCGCGGCGAGCGGCUGGUCUGCCACGAGGAGCUGAGUGUGCAGCAGCAGACCCCAGACACCAUUUCAAUCAAGCUUGAAGAGGAUGUUGAUGGAGGCAUGCCUGCUGGAGAAGACGGCGGCGGCAAUGACAUCAGAGACUGCAGCACGCAGCGCGGUGCGGCGAGUGAGGACGCUACUGGCUCCUCCCACAUGUCAAGUCACAGCGGGAAGCUGCGCAUCCUGAGCGUCUACGGACAAGGGGAGGGCCCACUGGCGGUGGACGGCCAUGAAACCCUCUUUGCCGCGUCAGAACUGGAGGCCUUGAGCUCGCUGUCCGCUGACCACAGCGUGGCCAAGAGCCUGAACUGCAGCGUGCUGCUCGUCCGCCUUGAGGAGCCGUCUGGGCAUCAGGGCGGCCGCAAGGGCCGGCCCGGUGUCUUGUGUGGCAAGGUUAUUCCCAACAAUGCCAUCCACACCGACGAGAAGCCGUACGGUUGCGACGAAUGCAUGAAGCGCUUCAGUCGGAAAGGCUACCUGAAACGCCACAUGAUGGUUCACUACGGGAAGAAGCCCUACAGUUGUGACAAAUGCACUAGGCGCUUCCAAUGGCAAUGUGAACUUAAGCUCCACUUGACGGCUCACUCCGGCCUGAAGCCCUACAGGUGUGACCAAUGCAUGAAGCUCUUCAGUCAGAAAUGCACUCUGAAGCGUCACAUAAGGAGCCACUCCGGUGUGAAGCCCUACAAGUGCGACCAAUGCACGAUGAGCUUCACUGUGAAAGGCACCCUGAAGAUCCACAUGAGGACUCACUCCGGGGAGAAGCCCUACAAGUGCGACGAAUGCACAAAGCGCUUCAGUCAGAAAGGCAGCCUGAAGCUCCACAUGAGAACUCACUCCAGGGAGAAGCCUCACAAGUGUGACCAAUGCGUGAAGUGCUUCAGUCAUAUUUUCGACCUGAAUGCCCACAUGAUGACUCACACCGGGGAGAAGCCCUACAAGUGCGACCAAUGCGAAAAGCGCUUCAGUCAGAAAGGCAACCUGAAGUCCCACAUGAGGACUCACUCCGGGGAGAAGCCCUACAAGUUCGACCAAUGCAUGAAGGGCUCAGUGGCGGAGCUAGAACAUUUUCACUGGGAUGGCCAGGAGGAUUGCGCUGCUUUUGGAGACCGUAGCACGCAGCGCGGCGCCACCUCGGAGAGUCUGGGCGUGGACGCCCCUGGCUCCUCCCACCUGGCCAGACACAGGGAGGAGCUGAAGAUUCUGAUCAUCCAUGAAAAAGGGGAGGGUAGACUGGCGAUAGACGGCCAUGACACCCUCUUCACCCCGUCAGAAGUGGAGGCCCUGAACUCGCUGUCUGCGGACCACAGCGCGGCCAAGAGCCUGGAGCGCGGCGAGCGGCUGGUCCACCGCGAGGAGCUGAGUGUGCAGACGCAGACCCCAGCCACCAUUUCAAUAAAGCUUGAAGAGGAUGUUGAUGGAGGUAUGCCCGCUGUAGAAGACUGCAAUGCCUUUGGAGGCCGUAGCACGCAGCCCGGCGCCACCUCGGAGAGUCUUGGUGUGGACGCCCCUGGCUCCUCCCGCAUGUCCAGUCGCAGCAAGGAGCUGAAGAUCCUGAGCGUCCACGGACAAGGGGAGGGCCCACUGGCGGUGGACUGCCUUGACACCCUCCUCGUUAAGUCAGAGCCGGAGGCCUUGAGCUCGCUGUCCGCUGACCACAGCGUGGCCAAGAGCCUGAACUGCAGCGUGAGGCUCGUCCGCCUUGAGGAGCUGACGGCAUCAGGGCGGCCGCAAGGGCCGGCCCGGUGUCUUGUGCGGAAAGGUUAUUCCCAACAAUGCCAAUAUGAUCGUCCACAGGAUGACUCACUCUGGGGAGAAGCCCUACAAGUGCCUCGGAAGAAGCAGUGGGUUAAUGGUAUUGUCUCUGGAAAUGCGCCAGUCUGCGCAAAACAUUUCACUGACCACUGCCUCCUCAACUUGGGCCAAUGCAGAGCUGGACUUGCUCAAUGUCGGAAAAGCAAGUCUAGCUCAGUAACAAACCUCCUUGGCUCGGCUACAAACCUCGAAAAAGACAUUAGAUCAAGUGCUUACAUUCAGCAGCUUCUCUCAAGGGAUGUUGCCUGCCAGUCAGACCACCUGGAAACGCAUACUGUAGGCUCACAGCUAUCCUUAAAGACUUUAAAGCCCCAUUUUACAAGUGAAGAAGACUGCGAUGCCUUUGUAGACCGCAGCACGCAGCGCGGCGCCACCUCGGAGAGUCUGGGUGUGGACGCCCCUGGCUCCUCCCACAUUUCAAGUCACACUGAGGAAAUGAAGAUCCUGUGCGUCCACGGAAAAGGGGAGGGCCCUCUGGCGACAGACGUCCAUGACACGCUCUUCACCGCGUCAGAAGUGGAGGCCCUGAACUCGCUGUCUGCGGACGACAGCGCGGCCAAGAGCCUGGAGCGCGGCGAGCUGCUGGUCUGCCGUGAGGAGCUGAGUGUGCAGCAGCAGACCCCAAACACCAUUUCAAUCAAGGUUGAGGAGGAUAUUGGUGGUGGCAGUCCUUCUGUAGAAGACGGCAUUGACAUCAGAGACUGCAGCACGCAGCGCGGCGCCACCUCGGAGAGUCUGCGUGUGGACGCCCCUGGCUCCUCCCACAUGUCAAGUAACAGCGGGGAGCUGCGGAUCCUGGGCGUCUACGGACAAGGGGAGGGCUCACUGGCGGUGGACGGCCAUGACACCCUCUUUGCCGCGUCAGAACUGGAGGCCUUGAGCUCGCUGUCCGCUGACCACAGCGUGGCCAAGAGCCUGAACUGCAGCGUGCGGCUCGUCCGCCUUGAGGAGCUGACUGGGCAUCAGGGCGGCCGCAAGAGCCGGCCCGGUGUCUUGGGUGGCAAGGUUAUUCCCAACAAUGCCAAUAUGGUCCACACCCACGAGGAGCUGUACGUGUGCGACCAAUGCAUGAUGUGCUUCAGUCGAAAAGGCUACCUGAAGGUCCACAUGAGGACUCACACCGGGGAGAAGCCGUUCAGGUGUGACCAAUGCACGAAGCGCUUCAGUCAGAGCGGGUCCCUGAAGGUCCACAUGAGGACUCACUCCGGGGAGAAGCCGUACAAGUGUGCCCACUGCAUCAAGUGCUUCAGUCAGAACGGGGCGCUGAAGGUCCACAUGAGGACUCACUCCGGGGAGAAGCCCUACAAGUGUGACCAAUGCCCGAUGAGCUUCAGUCUGAAAAGCCACAUGAAGGGCCACAUGAGGACCCACUCCGGGGAAAAUCCCUAUAAGUGUGACCAAUGCACGAUGCGAUUCAGAAAGGAAAGCCACCUGAAGAUCCACAUGUGGACUCACGCUGGGGAGAAGCCCUACAGGUGUGACCUAUGCAUGAUGCGCUUCAGAAAGAAAAGCUACCUGAUGAUCCACAUGAUGACUCACUCCGGGGAGAAGCCCUACAAGUGUGACCAAUGCACGAAGCGCUUCGGAGAGAAAUCCAAGCUGAAGCGUCACAUGAGGACUCACUCCGGCGGGAAGCCGUACGGGUGCGACCAAUACAUGAAGAGCUCAGUAGAGGAGCAAGAACAUUUUCAGUGGCAUGGCCAGGAAGUCUGCGAUGCCUUUGGAGACCGUAGCACGCAGCGCGGCGCCACCUCGGAGAGUCUGGGUGUGGACGCCCCUGGCUCCUCCCACCUGGCCAGUCACCGGGAGGAGCUGAAGAUUGUGAUCGUCCACGAAGUAGGGGACGGUCAACUGGCGGUGGACGGCCAUGACACCCUCUUCACCGCGUCAGAAGUGGAGGCCCUGAACUCGCUGUCUGCGGACCACAGCGCGGCCAAGAGCCUGGAGCGCGGCGAGCGGCUGGUCUGCCGCGAGGAGCUGAGUGUGCAGCAGCAGACCCCAGACACCAUUUCAAUCAAGGUUGAAGAGGAUAUUGGUGGAGGCAUGCCCGCUGGAGAAGACGGCAUUGACAUCAGAGACUGCAGCACGCAGCGCGGCGCCACCUCGGAGAGUCUGCGUGUUGACGCCCCUGGCUCCUCCCACAUGUCAAGUCACAGCGGGGAGCUGCGGAUCCUGGGCGUCUACGGACAAGGGGAGGGCCCACUGGCGGUGGACGGCCAUGACACCCUCUUUGCCGCGUCAGAACUGGAGGCCUUGAGCUCGCUGUCCGCUGACCACAGCGUGGCCAAGAGCCUGAACUGCAGCGUGAGGCUCGUCCACCUUGAGGAGCUGACUGGGCAUCAGGGCGGCCGCAAGAGCCGGCCCGGUGUCUUGGGUGGCAAGGUUAUUCCCAACAAUGCCAAUAUGAUCCACACCCACGAGGAGCCGUACGUGUGCGACCAAUGCAUGAUGUGCUUCAGUCGAAAAGGCUACCUGAAGGUCCACAUGAGGACUCACUCCGGGGAGAAGCCGUUCAGGUGUGACCAAUGCACGAAGCGCUUCAGUCAGAGCGGGUCCCUGAAGGUCCACAUGAGGACUCACUCCGGGGAGAAGCCGUACAAGUGUGCCCACUGCAUCAAGUGCUUCAGUCAGAACGGGGCGCUGAAGGUCCACAUGAGGACUCACUCCGGGGAGAAGCCCUACAAUUGUGACCAAUGCCCGAUGAGCUUCAGUCUGAAAAGCCACAUGAAGGGCCACAUGAGGACCCACUCCGGGGAAAAUCCCUAUAAGUGUGACCAAUGCACGAUGCGAUUCAGAAAGGAAAGCUCCCUGAAGAUCCACAUGUGGACUCACCCUGGGGAGAAGCCCUACAGGUGUGACCUAUGCAUGAUGCGCUUCAGAAAGAAAAGCUACCUGAUGAUCCACAUGAUGACUCACUCCGGGGAGAAGCCCUACAAGUGUGACCUAUGCACGAUGCGCUUCAGAAAGAAAAGCCACCUGAAGAUCCACCUGAUGAUUCACUCCGGGGACAAGCCCUACAAGUGUGACCAAUGCACGAAGCGCUACACUCAUAUUUCCGCCCUGAAGACACACAUGAGGACUCACACCGGGGAGACGCCCUUCAAGUGUGACCAAUGUACGAAGCGCUUCAGUCUGAAAGGCACCCUGAACAGACACAUAAUGUCUCACUCCGGGGAGAAGCCCUACAAGUGUGACCAAUGCACGAAGCGCUUCGGAGAGAAAUCCAAGCUGAAGCGUCACAUGAGGACUCACUCCGGCGGGAAGCCGUACGGGUGCGACCAAUACAUGAAGAGCUCAGUGGUCGAGCAAGAACAUUUUCAGUGGGAUGGCCAGGAAGACUGCGAUGCCUUUGGAGACCGUAGCACGCAGCGCGGCGCCACCUCAGAGAGUCUGGGUGUGGACGCCCCUGGCUCCUCCCACCCGGCCAGUCACAGGGAGGAGCUGAAGAUUAUUAUUGUCCACGGAAAAGGGGAGGGCCCACUGGCGGAGGACGGCCAUGACAACCUCUUCACCGCGUCAGAAGUGGAGGCCCUGAACUCGCUGUCUGCGGACCACAGCGCGGCCAAGAGCCUGGAGCGCGGCGAGCGGCUGGUCUGCAGCGAGGAGCUGAGUGUGCAGCAGACCCCAGACACCAUUUCAAUCAAGGUUGAAGAGGAUAUUGGUGGAGGCUGGCCCGCUGUAGAAGACUGCGAUGCCUUUGGAGACAGUAGCACGCAGCGCGGCGCCACCUCUGAGAGUCUGGGUGUGGACGCCCCUGGCUCCUCCCUCAUGUCCAGCCACAGCGAGGAACUGAAGUUCCUGAGUGUCUAUGUAAAAAGGGAGGGCCCACUGGCGACGGACGGCCAUGACACCCUCUUCACAGCGUCAGAAGUGGAGGCCCUGAACUCGCUGUCCGCUGACCACAGCGUGGCCAGAAGCCUGAACUGCAGCGUGCGGCUCGCCAACCUUGAGGAGCUGACUGGGCAUCGGGACGGCCGCAAGGGCCGGCCCGGUGUCUUGUGUGGCAAGGUUAUUCCCAACAAUGCCAAUAUGAUCGUCCCCAUGAGGACCCACAACGACGAGAAGCCGUACAGGUGCGACCAAUGCAUGAAGCGCUUCCAACGGCAAUGCCUCCUGAAGCGCCACAUGAUGACUCACUUCGCGGAGAAGCCCUACAAGUGUCAUCAAUGCACAAAGCGCUUCAGUUGGAUAAGCUACCUGAAGCGCCACAUGAUGACUCACUCCGAGGAGAAGCCCUACAUGUGUGACCAAUGCGCGAAACGCUUCAGCCUGAAAGGCGUCCUGAAGAUCCACAAGAGGAGGGCUCACUCUGGGAAGAAGCCCUACAGGUGUGACCUAUGCACAAAGCACUUCGAACAGCAAUGGGACCUGAAGUGCCACAUUAGGACUCAUUUCGGCGAGAAGCCCUACCAGUGUGACAACUGCACGAAGCGCUUCAGUCGGAAAAUCAACCUGAUGCGUGGUCAGGGUCAGCAAAUAUUGGCCGAGUUACAGAGUAUUUCAGAGGGGGAAUCUGAUGGAGAAGCAGAGGAACUGGCAUGCGAGCUAGAGAGUGAUGAUGAGAGAGCUGAUGAUGGAAGUGGCGCUGUUAAAGAAUCUGAUUCAGGUUCAGAAUCAGAACCUGAGGCGACCACAUCAAUGGAAGAGACAUCACCAUCCAUGCAAGAGAAAGCACGAGAUGGUACCAUAUGGAUUGAACAACCCCCUGGCCUUUCGAGAGGCAGAGCAACAGAGGCCAAUGUCAUGAGAGAACCUCCAGGGCCCACACCUCGCGCCAAGGAAAAUAUCACAGAUCCACUGAGCAGUUUACUGUGUUUGCUUGACACGGAAAUGUGGGAACAGAUUCUAAAGUAUACUCAGGCCGAAGCUGACCGAAACAAUGCUCAUAUGUUCAAUGCGACAAUGGACCAACUAAAAGCAUUUGUGGGUCUCGUUUAUUUGAGGGGUAUUGCCGGCGGGAAAAACCUGAAACUGGAGGACUUCUGGUCUGCUGAAAUGGGAAAUCCUGUUUUCAAGGAAACAAUGCCUCGCCAGAAUUUCAGAGAUAUCAUGCGCUAUCUGCGCUUUGAUGACAAGAGCACGAGGGCUGCCCGCCUUCUGGAGGACAAAUUUGCCAUGAUAUCGGAGACAUUUGAUCGAUUUGUGAAAAACAGCACUGCUUCUUACACGCCUGGGGAGAACAUAACAGUUGGUGAACAAUUGUUCCCCACCAAGGCGCGCUGUCGUUUCACACAGUACAUGGCAAAUAAACCGGAUAAAUUUGGCAUAAAAUUCUGGGUAGCCGCUGAUGUUGAAACCAAAUACAUGUUGAAUGCCCAUCCCUAUCUAGGGAAAGACAACAGUAGGCCUUCUGGACAGCGCUUAUCAGACAAUGUUGUGCUUCGUCUGAUGGAGCCAUUCCUGGAGAAAGGAAGAAAUGUAACGACAGAUGAUUACUUUACCUCGUUAUCACUGGCAAACACUCUUUUGGCGCACAAAACCACUAUUGUUGGCCCAAUGAAUAGAAUCAGACGAGAGAUGCCCCCGUGUACAAAGGCACAGAUGGAAAGAUUCUCCUCCAAGGUGCUGAGGGCUGGGGAAGCCACACUCACCAUUUACCAGGGAAAACCACGCAAAAACGUCAGCCUCCUCAGCACAAUGCACCAGACAGUUUCAACUGACAAUGGCCCCAAGAAAAUGCCUGAAACUGUUGCCCACUACAACAGCACUAAAUAUGUCGUUGAUGUUAUGGACCAGAUGGCACGCUUGUAUUCAGUGAAGGGAGGGACCAGGCGUUGGCCUGUAGCUGUGUUCUACAACAUCCUAGACCUGGCUGCAAUCAAUGCACACAUUCUGUACAAACAGUGCAUGGGCGUCCACAUGACCAGAAAGAGAUUUAUUCUGGAGCUUGUGAAACAGCUGUGUGCGCCUCAGAGAAUGGCCAGGACUGCGUCAUUAGUGGCAGCAUCAGAGGCACGUAGGCGACUUCUGAUUGAAACUCCUUCCCCACCUACCAAAAGGAAAAAGUGUCAAGUCGGCAGAUGUAGUGGGAACAAAACUAGUGACGUCUGUGAGUCAUGUAGGCGACUUGUCUGUGGGAAAUGCACUGAGCCUUCUAAGAUUAUCUGCUGUGAAUGUUGAUUAGACUUUGCUGAAA